AUGUUCGGUGGACAACUGAGUUCAGAGUUGCCUCUGAGCCCCGAGUCAGACAGACCAGAAUCAGAAGAUGGCAACCAAACACCACAGAAGCUGGAAAAGGCUGCAGAGUUGCUGCAGACGCAGUCUCACGAAGAGUUGCCGAGUCCUGCAGUGCACACACCAGGUCCGAAAGGGCCUGCAGCUCCACUGGGCCUGACUCCCAGCCCUCCUGGCAAGGCCUCUGGCGAGACCGCCAGCCCCAACAUGUUGGUGUCACCAAAGCGCUUGGAUUUGCCUGCCCCAGGUAAGGUUACCUUGCAAGGACAACUCACAGAGUCCGAGCAACAUGCUUUGACAAAGGCAGGUUGUCACAGCUCUACAGCCUUGCAGACCACGGCUUCAGACUCAGCAAACAAUGGCUCAGCUGAAGGCUUCCACUUGGACACAUCACGGGCAGCGAAGAAACAGGCCAAGGCAAAGGCAAAUGCCAAGGCGAAAGCCAUGAAACGGCCAGCUGCAGUUAGCAAUGCCGGCAAGAAGAAAGAGCCUCUUGACCAGAAUGACGAUGAGAAGAUUCCGGCAAUGCAGAAGGACAUCUUUGCCAGUGAAGUUGAAGAAGAGGGCACCAAUCCUGACGAGAUUGCUGAGAGCAUUGCAACGCAGCCUUAUGCUGCAGCGGAUGAGAUGGAGAAGGAUCACAGGGAUGAGGUGAAGUCUGACUUGGAGGGACUGGAACACGAGGAGGUGAAGUCUGACGCUGAGACAUUGGCGUUGGAGGGAGUGGAGCGCCUUUCUGAUUUGGCGGAUGGAUUGGAGCAGCUUCCUGACUUGGACUUGCUGAGCCUGGACGAGAAUGUUGAGGAGGAACAGCCCGACAGCCUGGAAGCCCAAUUCCUCGAGCAUCCCGAGUGGCCCAAACGCAAGACCUUUGCAGGUCGUGCGGACCUUACAAGUGAGCCUGCCAAAACGUUGUUCCUGGCCAAGCGCAGAGCAUUCUACAGCAACUUCCCUUCCAAGUGUUGGACCAAUGCCAAUGAGAGGAUGUGGUACAAAAUGUGUGGCAAGUUGGAGCGCCCAAUGCCGGAGCUUGUGGAGGAGUUUCAGCAGCACAUACUGAAUCAGCAUUAG